GAGGGGAGGUUACUAGACCGGGCCUACGAGUACCUCUCGGCUCACUCUGACUGUCAGUCGUGCUUAGCCGCUCAUCAGUGCAGCUCUACAGACUCGAGACCACAGCAGCCAUGGCGUACUCCUGGGAUAACCGCGUCAAGUUCGUCGUCCGCUACAUGUAUGACAUUGACAACAAUGGAUACUUGGACAAGAACGACUUCGAAUGCCUAGCCCUCCGCGCUACCAUCCUUGAGGCCCGCGGCGAGUACUCCGCCCAGCGCUUCGCUGACAACCAGAAGAUCAUGCAGAACCUGUGGUCCGAGAUUGCUGAGCUCGCUGACUUCAACAAGGACGGCCAAGUGUCUGUGGACGAGUUCAAACUGGCCGUCAAGAACUCUUGCGUUGGAAAGAAGUACAAUGAGUUCCCCCCUGCAAUGCGUGUCUUUAUUGACAGCACCUUCAAGAGCUUGGACAUUAAUGCCGACGGUGUGAUUGGACCCGAGGAGUACCGCGUUGACGCUGUUUCUCGCUCUGCCUUCACCAACGUUGAUGAGCUUGACGCUGCAUUCAACAAGCUGCUUAAUGACAACGACAAGAAGAUUGGCGGAAUCAACCUUGCCCGCUACCAGGAGCUCUACGCACAGUUCAUUGGUGAUGCCAACGAGGCUAACCCCGCUGUGUACCUGUUCGGCCCCCUGACCGAGCUGAGCUAAGCGCACUAUUCCUUUUUUAUUACAUUUUUGUAUCUCACGUUUCUCACAACUAUGUCCCUAUAAAGUAAUAAACAACAACAACAGAUGGACACUCACAAAA